AAGUGCCCGUACUAUUACAUACUAUUAUUACUUCAGGACGUAGCGCUAAUAGACCAGCGGUCGCUAGGUUUGUAAUCAUUCCAGGUUCACGCCACCACCACCACGACGACCACUGAAGAAAGAAUUGAGCAGACACUUUCAGUGUAACUUCACGUUUGCCCUAGAGAAGUCGGUGUGCGACGAAAUCGGAAGAAGUUCUAGAACUCAAGACGAAGACGUACAAUAUGUCACCCACGUUGAAACCGAGUUCGAUUUCUUUCGACCUUAGUCAACCAGACAGCUCUACGCAUAUGGGGAAAGAAGAAUAUGAUCAACACUCAAGAUCAGCUACAGCGAAAGGGCUCAUUGCUACUUUGAGCAUGAUUCUCGCUGUUGCUCUAGUAGUUGCGGUCGCACUGCGUUUUCGUCGAAAAAAACGUUUACGCCAACUACGGGAAGUGAGAAGACAUGCCAAUGUUAGUGGCAUCACCACCGUCAUUCAACCACCGGACGGCAACUCCACUGAAAACAAACCGUAUCCGCUUCCCGCCGAAAGAGAUAACUGUACAUGUGACAAUGAUGUCUUCUUGUCUCCUCCGUCAUAUGAAACAGCAAUAUCAACAGAAGAAGAAAGGAACUUCUUACAAACUGACACAUUUCAAUCCAUCCAUCAAGACGAAGACGCAGAUAGUCUACCAGGAUAUGAAGCUGCCAUUUUGCAGGUACCGCAGACCACAGAAGAAAUGGCACUAGCCCAAAGUGAAACAAGAAACCAAAUUACAAACACACAAGAAAUGAAGCCUGCAAGUUUCCCAGUCAGCUGACCUAACGUUCUGAAUACGUUCAUUUGUGUCACUACUAUAGCUUCCAAUGCGUGACGUAUCAGUAAGCAUUUGCAGAUAAUUAGCUCAUAAAUAAGUUUAGUAGCUGCACAGAAUGUGACUUUUAUAAUAAAGUGAAAGAAAUAAUAUAAGAUUUGUUCAA